UUAUACUGUAUAAUAAUAAUAUAUAUUUUCCUGGGGGGAAAUUUUAAGGCAGCAUGGAUUAAGGAAAUAAUAGAUCUUCCCACCCCUGAUACAACUCCUGAAGCAGAAAGAAAAAGUUUGCAAGAAAAAUGUGAAUUGGAAGAUUUCAAUGAAGAACAUUAUAUGGCAGAUCUUAUGGAGCCAGAAUGUACCGAAUCAUAUAUAGCGUAUACAGCAGAAUGGGAUAUGCUGCAGAAAGACAAAGUUACAUUUAGCGAAGCUGAGAUUGAUCUAUUAAAAGAUCUUCCAAAUAAGGAAUAUUUAUUAGAUGCUGAAGAUAUAAAAAAGUUAUGUUUAAAUCUUAUUGAUAUUUUAUAUGCCAGUUGUUACAACCAUCGAACUACAUUAGGAGAAAAUACUGUAGAAAGCAGUUGGACCAUUAAUAAGCUAAGCUCUACAUUAUGUUGGUUCCAAAAUUUUACUUCUGUGGAUGAAGUUAUUACUGCAUGCUUCCGAAGAUCACUUUGUUAUCCACUUUACAGAAAUUGGGAGCUUUCUAUGAAAGUUUUCGAAGAUGUUAAAAAAGCUCUCACAUUAGGAAAGAAAUAUAUUAUCAAAGUCUUCUGUGAAAUACAUAGUCUUUUUAACAACUCGUAUGAACCAAGAUACAUAUUAAACCAAUUAUACAUAAAGGACUUUUUAAUUUGGCUGCAAGCAUCUCCUGAAUCAUUAAUAGAACCACUUCACUCUAUGUUAAAUAAUAUUCAUCCAAGCAAAGCAAGCAUGGGAUUGGAUUUAGUAGAACUGGAAGUGGCAGCUUAUUCUGUUCAAGAAGAGGGACUUGUUAUAGAAAAUGCUGUUCAUGAGAUGGUUGGACAAAUCGAUGAAUUGUGUUUAAAUGAUUCUGAGAAAGAAAAGCCAAAGAAUAUAUAUCAUGUUAACAAACAAUUUUUUAAGCAUUUGUAAGUAUUUUUAUAUAUAUUUGGUUUGAUUGUUAACAGCUGUCUUUAAUAUAUGUGUGUGUUUAACAUUGCUAACAUUUAUUCUUUGUGUAUUAUUUCUAAUAUUUAUCUAAUAUUCACAUUUAACUUAUAUUAUCUUCAUGAUGUGUAGAUGAUAUCUAAUUUUUUUGAUUACAUGUUACAUAAUAACUAAUACUCGACAUAAUAUAAUCAUUGCUC